AUGCUCCCGGAGCCCAAGUAUGAUCGGUUCCGCGACGAGCCGCUGACCGCCCCCAUGCCCGCGCCGGCCCCCGGCCCCGGCCCCGCCGAGGAGCCCGAGCCCGGUACCACUUUCUGCGCGCUGCUGCCGCGGAUGCCGCAGUGGAAGUUCCCCGGCCCCGGCGGCUUCCUCGGCCGCGGCUCCCGGGAGCUGCCGGCGCCGGGGCGGGCGGGGGGCGCGGCGGGGCCCCCCUCGGCGCUGGCUGCCGCGCUGGGCGCCUGCGACCCCCUGUGCGCGGGGCCCUGCGCGGGGCCGGGCGGGGGGCGGCGGGGGGCGGCGCGGGCGGGGCCCGAGGACUGGAGCCGCAAGGGCAGCUUCAUCCGCAAACCGGCGCAGGGCUGGCUGCACCCCGACCACCGGGUGCUGGGGCCCGGCGUCUCCUACAUCGUCCGGUACAUGGGGUGCAUCGAGGUCCUCCGAUCUAUGAGGUCCCUUGACUUCAACACCCGGACACAGGUCACCAGGGAAGCCAUCAACAGACUGUACGAGGCUGUGCCGGGCGUGAAGGGCAUCUGGAAGAAGAAGGCUCCCAACAAAGCCCUCUUCUCCAUCCUGGGCAAGAGCAAUCUCCGAUUCGCAGGAAUGAGCAUUGCUGUCAACAUCUCCGUGGAUGGGCUGAACCUCAUGAUCCCCACCACACGCCAGAUCAUCGCCAACCACCACAUGCAAUCCAUUUCCUUCGCCUCUGGUGGGGACACGGACACCACGGACUAUGUUGCCUAUGUCGCCAAGGACCCCAUCAACCAGAGAGCUUGCCACAUCCUGGAGUGCUGUGAGGGGCUGGCACAGAGCGUCAUCAGCACAGUGGGACAGGCCUUUGAGCUGCGCUUCAAGCAGUACCUGCACAGCCCCCCCACAGUGGUGGCACCCCCGGACAGGGCAAUGGGUGCAGAGGAGUCGGCGUGGGGGGAGGCUGAGGAGGCGGCCGAGCACGAUUACUACAACAGCAUCCCAGGGAAGGAACCACCCCCAGGGGGACUGAUUGACUCUCGGCUCCGGCACGGUGCAGCCCUGGGCCACAUUCACACCCAGCCCUCCAGCUCCAGCCCCCCCAGCCAGGGUGGGUUUGCAGCCAGGCGAGAUCAGAGCAUUCAGCCAGGGCCACCUCAGGACCAGGAGAGUCAAGGCCAAUCCUGUGACGGGUACCUGGAGGCAGACAGCCACCCCCUGGGGCCACAGGACUACGAGGAGCACAUGUACGUGAACACACAGAGCCUGGACACCUGGGAGCCGGAGCUGGAGGCUUGCGGGGCGCUGGAGGAGAGCCCCAAAAAGGACCUCUUUGAUAUGAGGCCAUUCGAGGAUGCCCUGAAGCUCCAUGAGUGCACUGCGGGGGGCAGCACCGGCCCCCCCAUCGAGGACCAGUGGCCGAGUCCCCCCACACGAAAAGCCCCCAUUGCCCCCACGGAGGAGCAGCUCCGUCGGGAGCCGUGGUACCACGGGAAGAUGAGCCGGCGGGAUGCUGAGAGGCUCCUGCAGAUGGACGGGGACUUCCUGGUGCGGGACAGCCUGACCAACCCAGGGCAAUACGUGCUGACGGGCAUGCAGAGCGGGCAGCCCCGGCAUCUGCUGCUGGUGGAUCCCGAGGGUGUGGUGAGGACCAAGGAUGUGCUGUUUGAGAGCAUCAGCCACCUCAUCAGCCACCACCAGCAGAACAAUCAGCCCAUCGUGGCUGCUGAGAGUGAGCUGCACCUCCGCCAGGUUGUCCGGAGGAAGCAGUGAUGCUGGGGGUAUGUGAACCCCCAGCCCACUCCCCUGGCACCAGACUCACCCCAGCCCCAGGGCAAAGCUGUUCUCUGCCUGUGAGGCUGGGCACAAACACCUCAUGGAGGCUGGUGCUGUUGGAUGUCCCUGUUGCUCCCACAUUUCCAGCUGGAUUUUCCCCAGGAGUUGCUGCUUUGUGAGGCUCCCAGUGGCCCUGAGCCCCCACAGCACUCCCUGGGCCAGGGCCAGGAUGAAGCUGCUGUGGGGAAGUUGCAGGUCUGGGGUGAGCUGCUGGCACUGGCUUGUGAGGCCAGGGCUGCUGGGAGGAGAGGUGUCCCACGGCCACAGGGAACCCCCCAGCCGGCUCAGGGUUUCAGCAGGUUUUUAUGGCAUACACGUCCCCUUCUCCAGCAUGUCUGGCUCUGGGUGUGGGUUCGUGGUUUGGAAUAUGUUUCUAAUUAAACCUGGAAAUGAGCAA